AUGAGGUGUAUUGCAGGGUCAUGGGAUCUAAUUAUUCCCUCGGAGCUCCUCCAAGAGAUACUGUCCCGCCUCGUAUUAAAAGAUAACCUACAUGCUUCUCUUGUCUGCAAAACAUGGUGUGAAGCAUCCGUCUCUGUCCGGAAGUUACAGCCUUGGCUAUUGUAUCCAGCACUAGAGGAAAGCUCUGGUACGUGUUCACACUACAUUCUUUUUGACCCAUUAGGGUUUCAAACACAUCAACAAAGAUUUCCAGAGUUAAAGGAUCAUGAAUUAUGUUAUUCUAGAGACGGUUGGUUGGUUGUUAGAAACGGUUACCCAUCCGUAUUCUUUCUUAACCCGUUUACACGAGAGCGCAUCAACUUACCCUGGGGCUGGUCACCCGAAUUCUCUAGCUAUUAUUGCUUAGCUUUCUCAGCUGCUCCUACCUCAAGUAGUUGUGUGGUGAUCUCACUCAAACAAAUAUGGUGCCACGACUACCUUUUCAUUCAUACUUGGCUGCCUGGUGAAACCGUAUGGACCCCGCAUCGCUUUGAGAACCAGUUACGGCCCCAGCGCAAAUGGACCCAAUGUGUCUUCUCCAAUGGUAUGUUCUAUUGGCUCAGUGCAUGUGGUUACCUCGGGGUUUUCGACCCGUCUAGAGCAACCUGGAAUGUUCUUCAAGUGAAACCCUGUCCUGCAAAUUUCGUUAGGCCAAUGUUGAUGACAGAACAUGAAGGAAACAUUUUUGUUAUGUACAAAUGUGGCAGAAGCUACCAGCCAGUGUUUAAACUUAAUCUUGAACGCAAAGUGUGGGAAGAGAAGAGAGAACUUGGUGGCUUGACAGUAUUCUCAAGUUACUCUACCCCUCUUACAAGAGCUGGACCAUCGGCUGAGGAAAAGAACAUGUUAUAUGAGCGACUUGGAUCAAGUUACUACCUCGCCAAUGACAAAAGCUUAUUUGUCCCCCUUGGGGUGCAUGUUGGGUUUCGCAGGAUUGCUUUGGUGGAUCCACCACAACUUGUUAAAUUGUGA